AUGUCAGCACUCGCUCUCACGGCACUUCUCGCCGGUAUCGGCGGCACUUCCGGAAAGACUGUCAAAUCCCCCACGCCGCCUAUGGGCUGGAACUCUUACAACCAUUACAACUGCUUUCCCAAUGAGGAGAUCAUCAAGAUCAACGCCAAGGGUCUAGUGGACUUGGGUUUUCUGGAUCUUGGUUACAGUGUCGUUACUGUGGAUUGCGGAUGGCCAUCGAGAGAUCGAGAUAGUGAGGGCAGACUUCAGUGGAAUGAGACUUUGUUUCCUUCAGGACCCAAGGCGCUGGGCGAGUAUAUCCAUGAUCUGGGUCUGGAAUUUGGUCUCUACUCCGGAGCGGGAUACCUCCAAUGUGGUUCUGAGGAUAUUCCUGCCUCGCUAGGAUAUGAAGAAAUUGACGCCAAGUCCUUUGCCGAAUGGGGAGGCGACACCCUCAAGUACGACAAUUGUUAUGCUACCUCCAAGACCGACAUGGUGGACUCCGACUCUGCCGAGGCAAAGAGUCCCGAUCGCUUCAUCAAAAUGGCCGCCGCUAUCAAUGAGACGGACCGUGACAUCCAAUACUUCCUGUGCCAAUGGGGUAUUGGUGAAGAUGUACCGCAAUGGGCUGCUCCACUUGGAAACUCUUGGAGAAUGAGCAACGACAUUUUCAACGCGUGGAGAGCGAUCUGGCGUAUCACCAACCAAGCUGUAGCUCAUUCCAAGUACAACCGCCCGGGCGCUUUCGCAGACAUGGAUAUGCUGAUUAUCGGCCUUGGUGCCCUCUCCUACGAAGAAGAACGUUUCCACUUCGGCCUCUGGUCAAUGAUGAAGUCUCCUCUCAUUAUCGGAGGCGUAAUGGACGCCAAGCAGAUCCCCGCCCACUCGCUCGAAAUCAUGUCCAAUAAGGAAGCCAUCGCCAUCAACCAAGACUCCCUAGGCCAGGCUGCCGAGCUUGUGAUUCGAUACACUGAGGAAGAAUGGGAUGUCUGGUCGGGCAACCUAUCGUCAAACCGCAAGGUCCUUGGUGUUGCGAACUGGAAGAAUGAGACGCAGACUGUCGAAGUUGACUUGUCGCUGAUUGGUGUGGAGAAGGCCAAGGCUCGUGAUGUCUGGGCUCAUGAGGAUUCCACUAUCAAAGGUACUCAGAAGUUUGAGCUUAAGCCUCAUGAGCUACGUCUUCUCGUUCUCUCCGAUAUCAGCCAGGCUACCACGCCCAAGUCUUCGGGCUACCACGCUGCUUCAAAAGCAAGCCUCGAAGGCUCAGCAUCACUCGUCGACUGCAAAGAGAACGAAUGUCUACCAGCCAACGAAAAGGUUAAGUCGAUCGGCAAGGACGCCAAAGUCACUUUCAAGUCCGUCAGCGCACCCAAGGAUGGAUCGCUCUUUGUUGGCAUUGACUAUAUCAACCAUGAGUAUCAUCACACGAUCGGUGACUGGGAGACCAACUCACGGAACAUGUCAAUCUCGGUCAAUGGAGAGGAUGCAAAGCGUUGGGCGUUCCCUAAUGCUGGUGGCGAUUGGUUCGAGAGUGAUCGCAUGAUGAUCCUUCUGGAUGGCUUCAUGAAGGGCGACAAUAACACUGUUACCUUCAGUGCUUCAGCCUCCGGAACCUGGGCGCCUGACCUGGUCGGUUUCGAGGUUCUAGCAUAG